AUGAGUUUUACAAGUGAUAAAAUGUAUGACGGAUUAAUCGUCGGUGUACUGAUUGGUCUGGCUCUUAAUAUGGUCAUUAGUUAUGCUUUUAAAACUAAAUGUACAAAUCAAGAUGCAAAAAGUGUGGGUAAAAGUCAACAACAACAACCCACAUCGAUACCAAAUAAAACAGGAGAAUUUAAAAUGGCAUUAUUGGUUCGUCACGAUUUGAAAAUGGGCAAAGGCAAAGUUGCAGCACAAUGCUCACAUGCAAUUGUGCACUGUUAUGAAGAAGGCUUGAGGUUAAAACCAAGUGAAAUAAAUAGCUGGGAAUCAAACAAUAAAACAGUGAAUAUAUUCAAGGUAGCAGAUGAAGAAACUAUGUUAGAAUUCCAGCAAUUGGCCAUAGAAAGAGGAUUCUCUACCCAUGUAGUAGUAGACGCAGGUCGUACACAGGUCGCACCAAGGUCUAAAACGGUGAUGGCAAUAGGGCCCGCUGAAAGUGAAGAAAUUGAUUUAUUCACCCAAAGCCUCGAAGUUGUGCAGUUGUAUCAGUUAUUGCGUACAAUAAAACUAAAUUGCGCAAUUUACCCUCUAAAUGUGCUAGAGUUGUUUUACGUGCACCAGAUUUAA